AUGGCAACAAACGUACAAGCACCAAAUGAGGAAGAUGCUGCAGCGGCGCAAAGGAUCAGGGACGCCGAAAGAAUAUUGAAAGUCGAUUCCAACCCCGACUUCGAUGGCGACCGUGCAAGAGCUGAGCCCGGCUACACGCAAGAGUGGAACAAGAAAGAAUCUGUUUUCAAAUCAAAAGUGUUCGGUCUAGAAGAAAAUGCCGAUCAAGAUGAUUGGAACGAGAGAUUCCAGCUUCUCGGCUCGUUGCUGCACAAAACACAGUGUACGACACUGGACGCGAAAUCUCAGGAAGAGAUUGCGAAAGCAUACGAAAAACUCUUGAAGGCAGCGGAUGGCAGGGUUAGCGGCGAUUAUAUCAAGAAAUUGGAGGCAUGGGACGGAGCAGCCAAUUUUGAAAAUGAGGAUGAGCAUAGCGACAGUGGCUCAGACUCCGACGAGGGCGGGCAUCUUCCUGAGGACACGAUAGACCCUCCCCCUGACAAAGUGAUGGUAACUCUCCUGCAGGCAACGCAGUACAUGCAGAGGCUGUUUGAAGACCCGGACUGGGACGAAGCUGAGGCAGCGCUGGAAGCUGUCAAUCGUCAAAUUCAGACCCAGAAAGGGGAUGAAGACCGUAACAUGACGGACAGCGGUAUUCAGGCGCGGGACGAUUGGUACCUUAAGUACUCUUAUUGGCAUACAGCCUACGAGGAGCUUCGGAAGUGUCGUGACCCAGCAAAAUUCGGUAUCGAACCUGGGGCGGCGGUAGAAAGAGGUAAGAACCAGAGGCGGCUAAUUAGACGUUACGUAAAUUCGCGUCAACUGCCCUCGGGGUGGGCAAAGUUUCCGCCUACGAUGACGAACGAGAAGCCGAAGCAGUCGACGGAGAAGCCGCAGGAAUCGACCAAGGCGCCAAGUGGAGAGCUUGUAUACCCUUGGAAGACACAAAAAUUUGAAUAUGGCACAGCCCUCGGUUUCGUGCGCUGUGGCUUUGGGUACCGAGUGUGCGUCGAGAUAAAGGAGAACGGCAAAAUCAUUCGCUCGCUCAUGGCAGGAGCCGACACAGGCAUAGAUCUGAAAGAAUGUGAAUAUAAGAAAAGCCUCUAUAAGAUCUCCGAGAAACAAAGCGAGUGGACCUACUUGGACCGUGGAGAUUUCAAAGAAAUUCUCUGGGUCACAAAAGCUCGAGGCAAGAGAAAACACAUGACAGGACGUCAACCCGAUCCAGCUGCGUACUGUUGCGUGAGGUUUGAAUCAGAAAAGACAUUUAAAGACGGCAAGACCAAGAGCGGGUUACAGUUGCUUACCAUAACCAGCCUCAAAAGGGUAAAGGGUAAAAAUAUCGCAGAGGGUUUAGUUGAGAAAGUGUGCGCGAGAGACGGCAUCGUGCCGCCCUGGAAAGCAGGGUAUAAGGAAGAAAUCCACGAUUCAGAAGUCCUUAAGGAAGCCAAGGAAAACCGCCAAAAGAGGGCUGCUGAGAGGGCCGUCGAGGCCGAAGGCAGUUCCUCAGCCACAAGCAGCGCUUCAAACGGCGGGAGAGACAGCAACGCAAGUGGACAUCUUGAGGAGCCGAAAUCCAACCUUGACUCCAUACUUAAAGACAUGAGAGAUUUUAUGGCUGAAGCUCGUAAGGAUCGAGAGGUGAUGCAAGAUAUGAUGAAAACUUUCAUGGCGUUCGUGCAAGCAAAUACGCCAAAGACUGCCUCUGCUAGCUCUUAG